CGGCAUCGUCUCCCGAUGAACUUGAUAGAUGAUGCGCAGACAAUGCUGCUCAUAAUCUGGGCUGUGCUUAUCGUCGCGGCCCUGUCUCUUUACUUCCGCCAGGUCUACUCCAGGUUCAGCCGGCAUGGCGUCAAGCACUUCAGACCAGUACCCAUGCUUGGCAACAUGGGUAACGUUACGUUUCGCAUCAACCAUAUAUCGAAUCAGAUUGAGAGGCUUUACAAUGCGUUCCCAAAUGAAAGAUUCGUGGGACAAUACGAGUUCACGAACCCCAUGCUGUUGAUCCGAGACAUCGAACUAGUGAAGAAAAUCACAAUAAAGGACUUCGAAUACUUUCUCAAUCAUCGCGCCUUCGUUGACGAAGUUGCAGACCCUUUAUUUGGAAGAAACCUGUUUUCAUUAAAAGGACAAGAAUGGAAGGACAUGAGGUCAACUCUGAGUCCAGCUUUCACCAGCUCCAAGAUACGACUCAUGCUGCCCUUCAUGGUGGAAGUUGGGAAUCAGAUGGUGCUCACUCUCAAGAAUAAAAUAAAGCAGUCUGGAGUUGGCUACACGGAUCUCGAAGGUAAGGACCUGACAACCCGCUACGCUAACGACGUCAUUGCCUCCUGCGCCUUUGGUCUCAAAGUCAAUUCUCAUUCGGACCAGGACAACGAGUUCUAUAAGAUGGGCAAGCAGGCUUCCACCUUCAACUACAAACAGCUGAUGAAGUUCUUUGGAUUUGUGUCGUUCCCAAAGCUGAUGGCGAUACUCAAAGUGUCCCUAUUUUCUGACGAAAGCAAGAAUUUCUUCAAGAACAUAGUAAUGAGUACCAUGCGCGAUCGAGAGACGCACAAUAUCAUUAGACCAGACAUGAUCAACAUUCUCAUGGAAGCUAAAAAAGGAAAGUUGGUCCACGAUGUGAAAACGUCAGAAGAUGCCGAUGCUGGUUUUGCUACCGUCGAAGAAUCUUCUGUCGGAAAGAAAGAUGUAAAUAGAGUGUGGUCUGAUACCGACUUGAUAGCUCAAGCAGUGUUAUUCUUCAUUGCUGGUUUCGAGACUGUCUCCUCAGCGAUGUCCUUUACCCUCAAUGAGCUGACGAUGCAUCCGGAGGUCCAGGAAAGGCUGGCUCAAGAGAUCAAGGAGAAUGAGCUCAAAAAUGGUGGCAAGUUCGACUACAGCUCUAUUCAGAACAUGACUUAUUUGGAUAUGGUCGUGUCAGAAGUACUCAGGCUGUGGCCUCCAGCCAUCGUUUUGGAUAGAAAAUGCCUGAAGGACUACAAUUUAGGGAAACCCAAUGAUAAAGCUGAGCACGAUUAUAUUAUACGAGCCGGUGAGAGCAUCAACAUUCCUGCGUGGGGCUUCCACCGGGACCCCAAGUUCUUCCCAGACCCGUUGAAAUUCGACCCCGAGAGGUUUUCCGAAGAAAACCGACACAAAAUCCAACCUUUCACUUACAUGCCUUUCGGGUUUGGACCCAGAAAUUGUAUAGGUUCAAGAUUUGCCCUCUGCGAGGUGAAGGUGAUGCUGUACCAGUUGCUGCAGCACUUCGAGCUGUCCCCAUGUGAGCAGACCUGUAUCCCCGUGAAGUUGGAUCCAGAAACCUUCAACAUAAGGAUUAAGGGAGGGCAGUGGAUGCGGCUGAAGAUACGGCAAAUGCUGCUCAUAAUCUGGACUGUAAUUGUUGUUUUGGCAUUGACUCUUUACUACCGCCAGAAGUUCUCCAGAUUCAGCAAGUGUGGCGUCAAGAACUUGAGCCCCGUCCCCUUCUUAGGAAACUUGGCUCGGGUCACGUUGCGUAUAGAUCACUUCGUGGAUGACUUGAACAGGACGUAUAAUGCGUUCCCUAAUGAAAGGUUUGUAGGCAAAUUCGAGUUUUCCAAUCCGAUGAUAUUGAUCAAAGACCUGGAACUGGCCAAGAAGAUUACAGUGAAGGAUUUUGAGCACUUCGUCGACCACCGGAGCUUCUUCGAUGAGAAUACAGACAAUUUCUUCUUCAGGAACCUAAUAGCUUUGAAGGGACAAGAAUGGAAGGAUAUGAGAUCGACGUUGAGUCCAGCGUUCACCAGCUCCAAGAUUCGGCUGAUGGUGCCGUUCAUGGUGGAGGUCGGAGAUCAGAUGGUGAUGACUUUGAAGAACAAGAUACAACAAUCUGGUGUGGGCUACACGGACGUGGAGGGCAAGGACCUGACAGCUCGCUACGCCAACGACGUGAUCGCCUCCUGCGCCUUCGGACUCAAAGUCAACUCUCAUGUAGAACAGGACAAUGAGUUCUACAAGAUGGGCAAAGAAGCCACCACAUUCACCUUCAAGCAAGUCAUGAAGAUGAUGGGAUUCCUAUUCUCCAAAAGAUUAAUGUCGAUACUAAAAAUUUCAUUAUUUUCUCAAGAAAUCAAGCAUUUCUUUCAAAGUAUUGUAUUGGACACAAUGGAAGAUAGAGAAAAGAAUAACAUAAUUAGGCCUGACAUGAUUCAUCUACUCAUGGAAGCCAAGAAGGGAAAUCUGGAACAUGAUAACCAACCAGUGUUAGAAAGUGAUGCUGGUUUUGCAACUGUUGAAGAAUCUUCUGUUGGCAAGAAGCAAAUAAAUAGAGUUUGGUCUGACACCGACUUGAUUGCUCAAGCAGUAUUAUUCUUCAUGGCUGGUUUUGAGACUGUUUCAUCCGCUAUGUCCUUUGGUCUUCACGAGCUGACCGUCAACCCUGAGGUUCAGGAGAAACUGGCGCAGGAAAUUAAAGAAAAUGAGAUUAGAAAUGGUGGCAAGUUUGUCUACAACUCGAUUCAGAAUAUGACUUACAUGGAUAUGGUUGUUUCGGAAAUCCUCAGAAUGUGGCCGCCAGCUAUCGCCUUGGACAGGGUAUGCAUCAAGGACUACAACCUUGGAAGAGCUAACGACAAAGCUGAAAAGGAUUACAUCAUUCGUAAAGGUGAAGGCCUCAACAUCCCCGUGUGGAACUUUCACCGGGAUCCCCAGUACUUCCCAGAUCCUCUGAAGUUCGAUCCUGAACGGUUCUCGGAGGAAAACAAACACAGCAUCAACCCUCUUGCGUACAUGCCUUUUGGAGUUGGACCGAGGAAUUGUAUCGGCUCAAGAUUCGCCCUCUGCGAGGUGAAGGUGAUGCUGUACCAGUUGCUGCAGCACUUCGAGCUGUCUCCAUGUGAGAAGACCUGCAUUCCAGCGGUGUUGUCAAAAGAAACCGUCAACAUGGCCAUUAAAGGCGGCCAGUGGAUGAGACUGAAGAUACGGCAAUGAAUAUUUGUGACGUUUGGACACGUCUGGUGCUCAAAUAUAGCUCUCACAGCAGUUGUUGAGAGCUAUAUUUGAAAAAAUCUCAAACUAGGUCCCCGAUUUUCAUCACUGGUGACAAGUGUGACAAGAGCACUUGCUACAAAGUACCAAGCGCUCUUGUCACAGAUGUUACCAGUGAUGAAGAUGAGGUUUUUGACAGGUUGAAAGGAGCCCCGUCGGACGUGGGGUUGCAUUCAGGAUUUUCGGCCUCGAGGUCAUUGUUUAUACAUAUCAUUUAUUUAUUUUUUAAUAUAACUUUAGUUAUUAUACUGUUUCUUUUUAUUAUUGUUUAUGAAAAAAAUACAGAUCAAUAAAUAUUACUAAUACAACAUUAAAUAUUAACUAAAUAAUAUUAACCCUUCUAGUCCGAUUGGAGCUAUUUAUUUAUUAAAAUUCUAUGACAAU